AUGGCCUCCUCCGCGUGCAGCGCUCUCCAGACCCCUGAGCUCCUCGAGCUCAUUCUCCUCGACUCAGCCAUGAGAACCACCACAUUGUCGGCUUUUGAGCGCGUCAACAAAACCUUCAAGAUGCCAAUCGACACUUCCCCCUCGCUCCAGCGCAAGCUCUUCAUGCGCCAACUGCCAUGUCCUGCCGAACUCGACCCAACCGACUUCUGGUACAACACCUUCACGGCCAACAACAUCAUGCUUGUCGAACCAGAAGAAGGAGAACACCGGUCGGUGCGACCUCGAGUCUUUCGCCUUGACAAUGACUCCAUCUGGCAAUUCGAGUUAAAUUGGGUCCGGCACUCCGAAACAGAUAAGCAGUGGACGGAGGUAAACCCCAGAGCACACUAUCAGGCUCUGAGGAUCGCUGCCAGUCCGUAUCUCAACGUUUCAUGGUGCGAGCCGCUCAAGCUUCUAUCCGCGUUCUUGAAGAUGCAUCUUACGGACAUCGAGUGCGGCUUCGUCGUCGACAUCAUGGUUUUCCGCGGCUUCACCGCAAGUAAGUGGAGCAGGAUGUGGGCUCCGGCUGUAACGACGGUUGCAGGACUACACGACGCUUACAAUCGGUGGGGCCGCGGGGAACUGGAGGAGUGGUAUGCCGGGGAGGCGGACGACGAGUGGGACUGGGAGUAG